AUGGGCCCACAGGUGGUGAUCAUUGGCAUGGACAUGCGCAGCCAGCGCAAGAAGGACCGAAUCAUGCCGCCGGCCACCUACGAUUUGCUCAAGCGCACUGUGGACAGCCUCCCCGCGGGCCCGCAGCACCUGGUGGUGCUGUCCGGCAUCCCCCUCAUCUUCCCCAAGGCAAGCCUCUAG